AUGGCCCCACCCGUCGCUACCGAGACCUCUUACGCACCUUCGGUCUCUGAUCUUAAGAGCCAGCUCAACGGAUCGAAGACUGAGACCAACGGCGUGAAGCCCAAGGUCGAGGAUAUCGUCGAGGACUGGUCCGGCAACUACCAGUUCGCCCCGAUCGAGGAGGCUGAGGUCUCUCGCGCGAUGAUCAAGCGAUACUUCGAUCAAAUGUACGAGCGCGCGGUCUCGGACGUCGUCAUCGUUGGCGCAGGCUCCGCUGGGCUGUCGUGCGCCUAUCACCUCGGCACGACGAGGCCUGACCUGAAGAUCACGAUCAUCGAGGCCAACGUCGCCCCAGGCGGUGGAGCAUGGCUCGGUGGCCAGCUCAUGACACCGAUGGUCGUUCGCAAGCCAGCAGAUCGCUUCCUCGCGGAGCUUGGCGUCCCAUUCGAGGAUGAGGAGACGUUCGUUGUCGUCAAGCACGCCGCGCUCUUCACCUCCACGCUUCUCAGCAAGGUCCUUGCCAUGCCGAAUGUCGUGAUGUUCAAUGCGACCGCCGUCGAGGACCUCAUUGUCCGGCCCGACCCUGUCUCUUCAGGCCAACGUGUCGGCGGUGUUGUGACGAACUGGACGCUCGUGGCCCUCAACCAUGACACGCAGAGCUGUAUGGAUCCCAACACGAUCACUGCGCCCGUCAUCGUCACUGCGACUGGCCACGACGGCCCCAUGGGUGCCUUCUCUGCGAAGCGCCUUGUCUCGACGGGUAUGCUUAAGGAACUCGGCAAUAUGCGCGGCCUCGACAUGCUUCGUUCAGAGCCAGCUAUCGUCAACGGCACUCGAGAGGUCGUGCCCGGACUCAUCAUGGCCGGCAUGGAGCUCUCCGAGCACGACGGCGCCAAUAGGAUGGGACCAACCUUCGGCGGCAUGAUGAGCAGCGGAGUGAAGGCCGCCAAGGAGGCCAUUCGUAUCCUCGACUCGCACAAGGUCGUCAAGGGAAAGGUCGUCGCGUAG